AUGAGUAUAGUGCGCGCAGUGCUGCGCACAGGGCGUUUGAAAAAGGAACAGAACCUUCUCCGGAAUCGGCCCGAUGAGGUCGAGGGCCACGAGCUAGACUGGUUAGCCAUAGAAAUGACCUAUGGGGCAGUUCACAAAGAUGGUGGCACUUUUGGAUUUCUCGUUAGAGGCCCAUUAUUCCAGGAUGGGCUUGACAUCAACGUUUCGGGAAAUGGUGGGAGAGGCGGCAGGAAUGCAACUGCGAGAAACAGCUCUUCCGAAUUCGACGACGUUGUGGAGGAGAAAGAGAGUGGAAGGACACUGAUAUGCACUUUCAAGGGGUCCAAUUCUGAUGAAUUAUCCCCCGAGCAUGGGGGAGAGAAGAACUUGAGGUCCGAGGCACGUUGGCUAGAGGCCAAGAACGUCCUAGGCUCAUCCCAGCCUCCUCAGCCAUGCACUGCCGAGAAAAUGUUUUACUACCGAUCCCGACUUGCCGAGUUGACGAGCCAGUCGACUACCAACAACAAGUCAAAAGGGCCCGCGGACUGGGGUGAUCGACUGGUUCCAUUACGACGACAAGCUCAGCAGCUCAGAACGGCCAUUGAAUCCAGCACUCAGAUUCUCUUGGCCCAUGCUGGCAUCAAGCCUAGAUGGAGAGAAACAAGAUCGAUGGCAUUCAGUCUCAAUAUUGUGGUUCCCUCAUCAGUGAAUUCUCCGGCCCCCCACUUGCAACAAGCCCACAUAUUCCUUCGUCAGCCAGAUACGAAUAGUGGAAAUCGAUCGGCCACAUGGGAGGUUGACCGUAACUCUCUUGAAGCAGUUCUCAGUCUCUGGAACUGGUCAAUCAUUUCGGAUCCCAAGUUGGAAAAGGAAGAUGAGGCUGGUCUCAAGAUUUCCUUGGCGUCAGAAGUUGCAACAGCUAGAGUCAUUGCCACAGGAGCUACGCAAACUGAACUCAAGUCUGCUCAGGCUGAGUUGGAAAAUUGGUGGGAUGAUUUGUCCUUGUUCACAACGACCCAGAUACGGACAAUGAAGCCAGGGCACAACUCCAUAGGUGCAAGCACUGUCUGGAAAAAGGCAUACGGCACCGAAAUUCUUGAACCUCUAUCUGAACAUGGGCCUUUCGACUCGACGAGAGAAUACGUUCGUCUAUUUGAGAUAGUCAAGCAGUCCCUGGAUGAUGGUUCUCAAGUGGAUUCUGAAGACGAGUUAAAGAGGACGCCGUUGAGCUAUGCUGCGGAACAUGGACAUGACGAUGUGAUUCGCAUAUUGAUGCAACAUGAAGCUCUUCCUGACCCGAUUGACUAUGAAAGAAGGAAGCCAUUAUCAUGUGUGUCGCAAGGGGACCAUACCAGUGUAAUGGAUUUACUGUUGAAAAACAGUGAGGCGACGGCGAACACGGGUGAUGAAGACGGAUGGACACCCUCGCACUGGGCAGCAGCCUACGGGAAGCAAAGCUCCGUCAAGCUGCUGACUUCCAAGAGUUUCGGGACCGAUAUCGACAUCCGCGACAAGUGCCACCGGACACCCCUGAUCGUUGCGCUCGUAAACUACCGAGAAGAGGCAGCGGAGCAACUGUUGGCAGGGGCAGCCAAAUGGGACUUCGAAAUUGGGCAACACAAAGCUUGGAAAUGGGCUUUUUUGAACGGUCACUGGUCAUGUGGAAAAUUCCUUCUGAACGUCGUGAACCGGGAGAGCAACGAUUGGGAAUGGCCCGUUGUGACAAUUUUGCGCAUACCUUCAGAAUUCUGCCUGUUGACCCAGUACCAUAUGGCUUAUGGUCAGGUUCUGUUUGACCCGCAAAAGCUAUCAGGACAAAUAGUCGCAAUGUGUGAGAUGACCAAAAACGGAACGCAGCUCCUGGUAACAACAGCACAAAUAUUACUCAAUGUCCUCGGGAGGCCAUACCAUUACGAGAUUUGGGUUUACGAGUUUGACCAAGGAAGACUAAGGGACAGAGCAGGCGUGGAAAGUCCAGGACGAAUAUGGUUGGAAAUUGUGCGGAGUUUGCCCAAAUCUGCCCUGUCCGGGCGGGAGUUGAGGGAAAUGCUUCAGCUGCUUCAUGACCGGGGAGGUGACGACUUCGUGGAAAUGACGGGACAGAUGUGUCUGCAAAUUGUGCAGACUUCGCCCAGACCUGGGUUGUCCGACCGAGAGUUGGGGGAUAUGCUUCAAUUGCUGCUUGACCGAGGAGGCGACGACUUCGUUGUCAGUCACAAACUAGUGAUGGUGGCAGCGAAGAACGACACUCUGGUGGAAUCCACCCUACCGAUACUGCUCAACCGAGAUUGGCAAAAGAUUCCUUUCACCACGGGCAUCCUCAAGGAAUGCAUGCGCCUCAGUUAG